UCACGGCCUUCCGAGCUAUGCCCAUGCCCAUGCCCUAGCUACCGGGACUGAAGACAAGACAACACACAAAAAGUGAACGUGCCCUAUAAUCUUCUUCCUCUCUGAGGGUUAAGCUCUACUUCGCUCUUUGUCGCCAAUUCACUGCUGUUUUUCGCUUUUACUUCUUUUCUGCAGGCGUUUAUGGAUUUUGACGAGUACGAGUAUCUGGAGAAAGCUGUGGAAAAUCCCGAAACCCCAAAGACAAAGGAAACUGCAAAUGGUGUUGAGGAGAGUGUAAAAUCUGCUGAGAAAGAUCGUAGUCGGAGUUCAAAGCACAGAAGUGACGAUAAAGAUGACGAGAGGGAACGUCACUCAAAGCGUUCAAAAUCUGGCGAGGAGUCCCGUGAUCGUGAUCGGGAAAAAGAAAAGGGAUCGUCCGGUCACCGUUCCCAGUCCAGAGAUGCAGAAAGAGAUAGACACAGGAGUAGUGGGGAGGGCAGAGAAAGGGAGCAUAGAGAUAAGGAUAGGGAGGAGAGGAAUGGGAAGGAGAGAGAAAGAGACAGGGACAGAGAUAACGAUCGAGACAGGGAAAGGAGAGAGCGGGACCGUGAAGGCGACAGAGAAAAGGACAAGGACAAGGAGAGGGAGAGAGAGAGGUCACGUCGGAGCCAGAGUCAUUCAGAAAAGCAUCAGAGUGAGCGGGAUGAAAGGGAGAGGAGUCGUGAUAAAGAGUAUAGAGAAAGAGAUAAGGAGAGGGAGGUGCGGGAUCGUGACAGAGAAAGCAGAAGGCAUAAAGAAAAAAAGGAGGAAAUGGCAGAGCCAGAGGCUGAUCCAGAACGGGAUCAGAGGACCGUAUUUGCUUAUCAGAUUUCUCUGAAGGCAGAUGAAAGAGAUGUCUAUGAGUUUUUCUCGAGAGCUGGCAAGGUUCGAGAUGUACGUCUUAUCAUGGACCGUAAUUCAAGACGUUCUAAGGGAGUUGGGUAUAUUGAGUUCUAUGAUGUCAUGUCAGUGCCUAUGGCAAUUGCACUCUCCGGUCAGCCUCUUCUUGGUCAACCAGUAAUGGUGAAGCCAUCUGAAGCUGAAAAGAAUCUGGUUCAAUCAACUACUGCUGUGGCUAGUGGAGCAGGUGGGCUUAUAGGGCCUUAUUCUGGUGGUGCUAGGAGGCUUUAUGUUGGCAAUCUACAUACCAAUAUAAAAGAAGAAGAUCUUCGCCAGGUUUUUGGAGCAUUUGGUCCAGUGGAACUUGUGCAAUUGCCUCUUGAUGAAAUUGGGCAUUGUAAAGGUUUUGGGUUUGUCCAGUUUUCUCGUCUUGAAGAUGCACGAAAUUCACUGAGUUUGAAUGGGCAAUUGGAUAUUGGUGGUCGAACUAUCAAGGUGUCAGCUGUUACUGAUCAAAUGGGAGCACAAGACCUUGGAGGAAACACCGGUGAUUUUGAUGAUGAUGAUGGCGGUGGCUUGGCACUAAAUGCACGCUCUCGGGCACUUCUCAUGCAGAAAUUGGAUCGAAGUGGCACUGCAACAAAUAUUACGGGUUCACCAGGCACUCCUGCUGUUAGCACUGGUCUUGCUCUACCAACAGCACCGAUUUUGGGAGCUGCACCUGUGGUGUCUCCCCUUUCUGCUUCUGUAGCUCCUAUUCCUGCUCUUGCUGGACUUGGUGGUGCAGGCUUUCAGGUUCCUGCUGUUACUGUUCCUUCCAUAGACACAAUUGGCGCUCCGAGCGAAUGUUUACAACUAAAAAAUAUGUUUGAUCCUGCAGCUGAGACGGAGCCAAAUUUUGAUUUGGAUAUAAAGGAAGACGUACAGGACGAAUGUUCAAAGUUUGGAAAUUUACAACAUAUAUAUGUUGACAAGAAUAGUGCAGGUUAUGUAUAUUUGAGAUUCGAACAUACGCAAUCUGCUAUUGCUGCACAACGGGCUCUCCAUGGGAGAUGGUUUGCUGGGAAGAUGAUUACUGCAAGUUUCAUGUUACCCCAAGACUAUGAAGCUAGGUUCCCCAGCACGUAGGGUUUGUGUAAGAUAACAGUUACGCCAGUUGACGGUGGGCUUGUCAUCGGCUCCAGUUCCCUCUGUAGUGGUGAUACACAUUUUUGGAGGGUUUUUUUGUUUCAGUAAAAAGGAUGAUCAACUCACCAAUUUGAAAGCAGGGGAAGAGGUUAUGUGAAAAUGAGGGCAUUUGUUAUUACCCAGUUGCACUUUAGAAUUUAAAGAUUGCCGUUUGUAGACCUAUUGCUGCUCCUUUGACAAAGUUGCUCUCGUUGUCAGACUUGAUAUGAAUUCAUUUUUGGUAGUUGAGUGCCGCUUCUGUUUAGACCUUAUACAAAAAAAAAAAAAAAAAAAAAAAAAAAAAA